AUGUUUAAUUUGAUGAAUGUGAUUGCCGCUAAGGAAAGUGGAAAGAGUGGUAGUUCUGAUAGAAUUGACAAAUCAGUAGUUUCGGCAGCAUUCUCGUCCAAUGCUCCUGUCAUCAUUCCUGAUUUAGUUGUCAAAGGUAAGCUGGCGUCAUCAAUGCUUCCGCCUGCUCUGAGGAAGAAUAAUUAUGUUCCAGUUUUGAAACAAGAUAAGAACGGGUCGAUUAUAGUACGAAAAAGGAUUUUGCCGUGGAAGACAGAAGAAAUUUUUCCAAACUCCUGCACGAAGGAGCCUUUGUACACACCGCUGGCAUUGCCAUCAGUAGCAGAAUUGUCUAAGUUAGACCAUGAAUCAAUUUUCAACAAGGUGAAGUAUGUUCUAGAACAACACAAACCGCUCGUACUUGAUUACUCGUGGAGUAUGAAAGAAAAACUAGAUUUUUUAAGAAGCAAAGGCCCUGCGUCUGCUCGGAAUAUCGUGUCGUCUCAUUUGAUGCACGUCCGUGGCGAAGCAGUAAAAGAUUGGUCUUCGUAUCUGAGUGCAUUUCGAUCGUAUUUAAAUUUUUGCGCAGUAAUUAACGAUAAGCCGUUUCCCAUUUCGGUGUCGAAGUUGUCAGGUUAUUUAGCUCUUACGCGUAUGGACUCCACAGCGAACGUGCAUAAGUGUGCACUGAAGAAGGUGUCAGAGGUCUUGAAGGUUCCUUUUCCCUCAGUUCCUGAGCUGCGAUCGGUGAUUGCUGGCAUUCGUCGCAAUCAGCCGAUGCGUCGGUCGAAGGACCCUGUUUCUCCCUCGUUUCUUAAUAAGAUUAUUGGAGACUCCACCAUUUGCGACGACGUGCGUAUGCUUUUUGCAGUCGCGUGGAUGUUCUUACUUAGGGUUGGAGAUGAAGGCAUUCCGCUUUUAAAAGUAAAAGAUGAGAAGCAGAAGGAUAGGAUGGUUAAACUUAAUUCACACUCUGCAGUUUUUGCCGACGAUGAUCGCGAAGAAGUUUGUAUUCGUUUGAAGUCUAGGAAGAACGCCCUGGAGGGCGAUUUUAUUUACAGAUCGUGUACUUGCAAGGGUAAAGUUCAGAAGUUCGACGAGAAAGGGAAGCGAGUCGUCUCGUGGCCCAUCCACGCGUGUCCAUAUCAUGUAUUUUGGAAAGUUUUUUGUAAGGAUCUUUUGCCAGGUGAAGAGAUUUUUGACGAAUUAGACUAUGCUUCCUGUCUGCAUGAAGUUAAAGAUGCAGCAGCUAGGUAUAACGAAAAAGGGGAAUUUGGUACCCAUAGUCUUAGGAAAGGAGGAUGUAGCACUAUUGCCUUUUGUGGGGGUUCUAAGGGUGCAAUUUUGGCCGCAGGACGUUGGGCAGGUUCAUCAGAUAGUUGGCGCAAAUAUGUGUCUGAAGAUAGGAUUGAGUGUGAAGCCUUGAUCGCUGCCGCUGGAUCUGAAAACGAUGAAGAUUACUCUGAAGAGGAUGAAUAGUAAUGUUUAGUGUUUAAGAAUUUUUUUAUUCUAUGAAAGAAGUCGUAAGAAUGGCGGUUCCCACCAGCAUAGUCCAGAGGUUGUGAAAUUUUGCGUAAAAUUCAUGUAUGUUGAUAAAUGUUCGUUGAUGCUGGUGUCAGUUUGGGUAAUGAAGGAGACGGACUGCAGGUAGGUCUCAUGAGAGGCUAAUCCGGCAACGAGAGCUUGCCUCAGUGUUCUUGCUCGGAAAAGGCGCUUUGCUCGGCAG